AUGUCCGCCAAACAAGCUACCGAGUCUGGGUUCAAGAAGUUCAAAGACUUCUUGUUCUCCAAGCAGUCGUUGAGAUACGUUUGCACCACCCAUUUCUGGGGCCCAGUUUCCAACUUUGGUAUCCCUGUUGCGGCCAUUUUGGACUUGAAAAAAGACCCAGACUUGAUUUCUGGUCCUAUGACCGGUUCGUUGAUCUUAUACUCUUUGGUUUUCAUGAAGUAUUCAGUUGCCGUUAUACCUAAAAACUAUUUGUUGUUUGGAUGCCACUUUGUCAACGAAGUAGCUCAAAUAGGUCAAGGUUUCAGAUGGGCAAGACACCACUAUUCGGCAGAGAAGAAGGCCGUUGAAGCCCCAGAAGCUUCCACGUAA